AUGUCAGCCGACGGCGAUGGAGAGGCAAGUUCAAACGGGACAACCAGGGCGGUUACCACCGAACCUCGGGCACCACAACGAUCCUUCCCUGCGCCUUCGACUAAUGGAACACACAAGGCUGUCACCUCGUCGGUAAAUGGUUCGUCGGUGCAGAACGGGAAGGCCGCGGCCCGGGACCCUCCCCGCGACUACAUAGGCCACGACCGGGAGGAGGUCACGCGCCUUAUGAUCCAGGCCCUCUCCGAGAUGGGCUACCAGUCGGCCGCCGAGAAUCUCAGCAGGGAGAGCGGGUACGAGCUGGAGAGCCCUACGGUCGCGGCUUUCAGGGCGUCGGUGCUGAGCGGGAAGUGGACCGAGGCAGAGCAGCUACUUUUUGGAGCGGCCACUGCUGGCGAUGGUGCAGCCCGGGCCGGAAACGGCCUUGUACUGGCAGAGGGGGUCGACCGCGACGACAUGAGGUUUCGCAUACGCCAACAAAAGUUCCUGGAGCUCCUCGAGCAAGGGGACUACAGGCCCGCCCUGACGGUGCUUCGUAAUGAGCUGACGCCUCUGAAUCGCAACGGUGCUGAGUCACUCUCCCCUCUUAUUAUGUGUCGGACGCCAGACGACGUCAAAGCGAAGGCGGCAUGGGACGGUGCACAUGGUGAAUCCAGACACAACCUGCUGUCCCAACUAUCCAGGUGCAUAUCGCCAUCUGUCAUGUUGCCGGAACACCGAUUGGCAGUGCUGUUGCAGCAAUUUAAGGAUCAACAAGCCGAAAGCUGCAUAUGGCACACAAGCUCGUCCUCGCCAUCUCUAUACUCGGAUCACACCUGCGACCCAAGCCGCUUUCCCACCGAAGCCAUCAUUGAGUUUAUGGAACCAAGCAUGGAGCCGGACGGAGAGGUCUGGCAAGUACGCUUUUCCCACAAUGGGAAGUACUUGGCAGGGUGCGGCUCGGGCGACAAGGUCUUCAUCUGGGACGUGGAAACACUUGGUCUGGCAUUCAGCUUGGCGGAUCUCAAGGGCGGUGUCGGUAACGUUGCGUGGAGCCCGGAUGACACCAUGCUUGUGACCUGCGGACGGGAUGGCUAUGCUCGGAUUUGGGAUAUGAAAACUGGAACGGAGAUACGUCACCUCGAUCAUUUCUCAGAACCCAUUAGUAGCUGCGUGUGGGCUCCUGAUGGCCGCUCAUUUGUGCUCGGCGCGUUCGACAGAGAGCGAUCAUUAUGCACGUGGAAUCUCAGAGGCGAAAAGAUUUACACCUGGAGCAAAAAGAACCGCACCGAGGACCUUGCCCUUUCGGCAGACGGGCGCUGGCUGGUAGCCAUGGACGACGAGGACCACAUCCACGUCUAUGACUUUGCAACCAAGAGCCUGAAAUACGACAUGGAGCUACCUAGUAGGCCUACGUCGGUGAGUAUCACCAAGGACUCCAAGUAUCUCUUGGUCAACAAGCAGGAUGGUGAGGCACGGGUAUUCGACAUUGCCAGCCGCACAUUUGUGCAGAAGUACAAAGGUCACAGCGGUGGCGAAUACCUCAUCAGGAGCGAUUUCGGUGGCGCAAACGAGAACUUUGUCAUCAGUGGUUCUGAAGAUGGAUCUGUGUUCAUCUGGCACAAGAACAGCGGACACUCGGUCGCAAAGUUGGAUGGUCACCGACCGCGGUGUAACGCCGUGGCCUGGAGCCCUACUGAUGCGUGCCUCCUGGCAUCCUGCGGUGAUGACGGCGUAGUCAGACUAUGGUCAAAUAAAGCCCGACUACUGCAACAGACCGAGAAUCAUGCUGAGCGAGAGCGGGCGGGCGAGGUAGAGGGCGUCUAUGGCCAGAAAUAG